UACAUUUUCAUUUUUAAUAUUGCACAUAUUGUCUGUAUUCAGCCAUCCACCAAAACGGAUAGAACGAACGCCACCGCCAUCAGGGUUACACCAAUGCAGCACCAUGCACUAUUAUCACAGUCGGUGCUCUACAAUUUCGCAGGCUGGCGAGAAUAAAAACACCAUUACGUAGUGUUGAAUCAACAGCAUACACCCCAUUUCCGAUACAUCCAUGCCAAUAUGUGAUAAAUGUUAAGCCACCUAAAUGUGGACCUGUGCUUAUGGGCGACUGGCACACCAUCUUCACGCACAACAUUUUAAAAAUAUUAAUGAAAACGCACUGAACAAACAACAGAAACUAUGCAACAAUUCCAAACUAGAUGCGUGGUUAGCGACUGGAAAAAAAUCAGUCACGAAAUCAGUCAGUGUGUAAAAUGUAUAGGGAAAAAGACGAAAUAUGGCGAGUUUGUGGCCAGAAUCGCGUCAUUCAAGACAUGGCUACAGUAAAACGAGGGAGGGAUGGAGGCGUUGUGAUUUUUAUCAACGUGUCUCGGGGUUUCAUUAUGAUUUUUAAAGCCAAACUUUAUGAAUGAAAUGUGAUUUUUUUUCUCUCUCUCUCUCGCUCUCCCUCAUCCUCACCCCUCCUCUCCUCCUUCCCUUUUCUAAUCGCCCCCCUCCCCCUAUCUCUUGUUUCCUCUCCAUCCUCUCACCCACUCGUUCCUUUUUCCUUCCCCUUUUUACACUCGAUUAUAUUGUAUUUAGGCCUAAUAGAUUUUCUGGUGAAAUAUGGGCUACAGGCCUAACGCGCAGUGCGAUGUCGAAUCCAGCCGUGCUCCAUCCCAUUCAUAAAAAAUAUAACAGUAUAUCGGGGUGUGUUAAUGAGUGCGUGCAGCAGGGGCGGAAUGGGGAAAAUCGGCGUCUGGGAAAAUAAUUGCAAUAAUUACGCCUAAAAUUCUGUGUGAUUUGAAAGUAUGAAAAAGACGCGGCCGUGCAUGCGUCCAUGCACACGUCGAGCUGCGGUGCCGAUUUAUUCAGGCGACUGGCGAGGGCAGAGCUUAUUUUUGUAAGAAUGCCGGGGCCUCUGAUGGCGAAUGGGUGCGUUCAUUGAUACAUCUAUCUGGGAAACACACUCAUUCUCCCUCCCUCCUCCCAUUUGGCCAUCUCUCUCCUCCUAAACGCCGGCUUUCCCUAUCCAUUUGCUCCAUAGUUCCUUUAUCUUUAGUGCAUACAACCUACAGACAUUCGUGCGCCCAGCAUCCCAGCUUUAAUCCGCUCCUCUCGGCAGAGACGUUUAGAUAACAGCCAAACUAUCAAAAAAUGUCUUAGCAUAUUUUUCAUUUUUCUCACCGUCAUCACACGCCAGUUAAAAUCAAAUUUACCUAAAUCAUGUGACUUUAGAUUUUUAGAAAAGGCCCAUUAUUGGACGACAUGCCAUUGAGCUGCAUGUUGUAAGGUCAUAUAGUUAUAGCUGUCAAAUCUGUCCUGGUUGUGUGAACUUCACCAUCUCAUCUUAGUCCAUUCGGGGGAAUCCGCUGCUCUUUAACGGGUGUUGACGUAGGCUACAUAUAGCCCUGCCUCAUCCUUAUAGCUUUUCUCUCUCAAAACCGAAUAAUACAGUUUGAAAACAGAUUUGUUUAAUAAAGCAUAGGCCAACAUCUCAUUUAAAAAAGCGGCUAUCGCCAUCUGGUAAGUCCCCGUCGCAUGAUGGCGCCCGCUCGAGGCGAAGAAGAUGCUACAGUCGUAAACGGACAAGGACAAGACACAAAUUGUGCGUGUUCGUGCGGUGGUGAUGACACGUGAUGACUCCAGUGGCGGUUGGGUGCCUCUUGGAGGUGGCGGCCUCAGUCAUGUGGUCAUAUGUAAGGGGCGGAGUCACGACGGUAGAGGGCGGAGAGAAUACAUCAUCCGUGGAGAACGGCUACGAGAUCGAGCACCAGUGUUGGAGUGUGCAGUGCAAAAGGGGUUAGUGUACAACAAGGUGAACCCCAUCUUCCAUCACUGGCGAGUAGAGGAUCGAAAGUUUGGCCUUACGUUCCAGAGUCCUGCUGAUGCCAUCUCCUUUGAGAAAGGGCUGCAAGCUGUCAUAGACAAGCUUGACAGAGGCUCAGAUUCACCCUCAUCCUCCACACCAGAAGAGGCCGACACCGAGGAUGAUGGACAAGCUUCCCAUACAGGAAGCGAGUCGUCAUCCAACAGCAGAAAGGAGAUGCUUCCCAAACCCAUCACUAUAGUGACGAGUGAGUCCUCAUCUACCUGCUUCGUGCGGUCAGAAGAAUUUAGUUUUGGAUCCAGCCAUGCUGUCACCACUCAGACACCUGCUCAGAUCCACACCAGGCCGGGACAGCACCAGCUUUCACAAAUGACGGCUGUGUUGAAUCCCCCAGCACCCCCGCCACCACCGCCUGCUCCACCUACUCCUCCUGUGGGCCCGCCAGCCUCAUCUCCUCUGUCCCCCCUCUCACCUACCAUUUCCUUGCUGGAGGAAGGAGAUCUACGUAGUGUGGAUCCUUGCAAAGACCUGUGGGGUUCUCGAGGUUAUGAGGACUACCGACGGGCAGGGGCCACCAGGACUAUGGUUGGGGGGCUGACCGGUGGUGUGGUUGUUGGCGGUGGAGGAAGUCUGCAGGACAAGUCAGAGCUGUGUGUGGUCCGCUUUGAGAAGGAGCUGGCCGGAGUGGGGACGGCAGGCUGCGACGUGACAGUGAGCCUUGACAGUAAAGCUUCCCAGCGUCUGUCGUCAUCGUCGCCCACCUGUAUGUCCAUGCCCAAUGCUGUGUCAGGUGUGUCCUCAGGUGCUGGCUCGCCCCAGGAGACAGGCAAAGGAUCGCCCUCUCCCUGCUGCAUCCUCAACUCACUGGCCACACCCCGGUCACGGACUCGUAAGAGAGGGGGAGGGGCCAGCAGUAGUGGCGACCCAGGGGUAAUCACCCCUGAUGACGACAGCCCGUGUCCUCAGGCUUCAUCGUCAUGCUCAUCUCGCUGUGUGUACUGCCGCUCUGUUUUCAGUGCUUCAGAAAAUGGGCGGGGCCGGUGCAGAGAUGCCCCAGACCCAGCCCUGCACUGUCUGCGCCAGUGGACCUGUGUGUGGUGUGCAGAGAGUCUGCUGUACCACUGCAUGUCAGACUCUGAGGGAGAGUUCUGGGAGCCCUGCUCGUGUGAUGACUCGAUGGGGGGCCACCCGCACCCCCUUUGCUGUGCCCGCUGGUUGGCCCUCCUGGCCCUGUCGCUCUUUGUGCCCUGCAUGUGCUGCUACCUGCCUUUGCGCGCCUGUCUGCGGUGUGGGGAGAGGUGUGGCUGCUGUGGAGGAAAGCACAAGGCAGUCCGAUGAGGCCAGGCAAGGGGGUGGGAGGGAUUCUUUGGACCAAAGGGGUUUGGGUGUUAAGGGGGGAGAGUAGCUGUAGGGAUGCAGGAGGUGGAGCUUAGCAGGUGGAUCAGGGCUCUCAGUGCACCCAGACCUCUGACGUGACCCUCCGAAGCCCUGCGGCCUUCCACUGCACUCCACUCUUUCUCUUUUCAACCUGGGGCCUUCUGCACUGGUCCAUGCCUGCUGAAGGUGCACUGCACUCAGACCAGGUUCUGUGGGAGCCAUCUGGAGCCUUCAUAGCCCUUAUAGUUUACUGAGGGUUGGCAGAUCUAGAGUUAGCAGUCAGAGAUUUUACUGCAGAAAGAGAUUGGAGGCAACAAUGAUGUGUACACUGUUUCAAAUGUCUGUUUUUUUAAGAAAAAACCCACAAAAACAAAAGUUGUUUAUAUAUAUGAUUGUUAUAAUUUUAAUUGGUAUAUUUUAUUAAAUGUAAAACAUGACAGAAUCCCCCAACCGCACAUACUAUCACAUAUUCACAAACAUGAGAUGUUGGGGAAGUUAUUUGUUUCAUGUUGGCCUGUUGAUCAGUCAGAUGAACAGAUGUCACCCUUUACCUCUAAUUUUACCUCAGAUGCUCAUCAAACCCCGGUUAGGAAAUGGGGGGGGGAACUAUGAGCAUCUGAGACCACUAGUGUUGUCUUUUGGUUAAGUAGUAGACCACAGUGGAAAUGCAAAGAGACAAUUAUUAAGGGAAGUUGCAAUGACAACCACAAAGACUUAAAAAUCAUAAUGUGAUUCAUUAUGGUCCUUUGUAACCAAACACAAGGUUAUUUUUGUUUUCUGAAAAAAAAAAACAACUCAAGAUUGUGUGUUGAACAUUAAACACCUUCACUUUACAGUUUUUCAUCUUUCCGUGUAUUUUCAAUAUUAAUCAUAGAAAACAUCACAUCCCACCACUGUACUUGUUGAAUCAGUCAAGGUGCUUACAGAUGAGGCCUCUGAGCGAGUCUAUUCUACCUAAUGUACACAAUGACUGUACAGUCCCCAAAGACAAACAGAAUAGGACCCCGUGCUAAUCGGUCUGUUUGAAUGAGACUGCACCAAAAAUUGAGUGCAAUGAAAAAUGUAUUGAAAGAAUAUUUUUGUACCAAUAACUGACAUUAGGAAAAACUAAGAAAUUGAAAAGUGUUGGAAGUGAAUCCUGUAGUAUGCUAAUGUGUUUGGUAUCGAGUAGAAAAGAACACAGACUUGUCUUUGAGCAGCGGCACAUAGCUCACAGGUGUGACUUUUAAAUGCGCAUGCUAUAGACUGUUGACCCUGUGAUAAGAGAAGAGAUGCAUUAACUUGAAAAAGAUGAAUGGAGGUCGGUCUUUGUUUGGGCACAGUGGCAGAUGUGUUUGCUCAAUGUUGCUUUAAGUAUGAAGUCAGAAAAGCUGCUAUUUUUAGUCUCCCUAUAACCCUAUUCAAACGUUCCCGCUGCUUCUUAGCAAUCUCUGAGGUGGUGUGGCAGACUCAGAAACAAUCCUUCAAGUUCUUAUUGCACCCAAGGUGCUGAGGAAGUGUUUGAAGAAGGUUUUUGUAAGUUUACAGCUGGACAUAAAGAUAAAUAUACCCCAAGACAUUUUUUUAAAAUGAUUCUGGUGAUGUACUUUGCAUUUCUGUGUCUAUUUUGCAGAUUGGUGAUAUAUUUUUUUAUACUCCAAGUGAAUAACUGGCCAUGGGUGAAUUAAAAGCUACGUAUUUCCAUCACAGCUCCAACUGAUUUAAUUAACACAGUGUUUCUCACAAAUCUUUAUAUGUCAUUUAUAAACAUCAGUUUUGUGUGAAUUCCUUAAAAUGCAAUGCAGGCACAAGAUUUACAAGAUCAUAUUUUUUUGUUUACUGGAAAAACUGAAGCUUUAAUAUCGCUGUAACUGUUGUUCAUGGUCUCUUGACCCGCACUGAGAACCAGCUACUGCCCCUGGUUUUCUGUGAGCAAUCACAAAGCGAGCUAGACAAUAGGUAGGAACACUGAAACAUAAAUGACAAAGUAUCACAAAAUAACUCACGAAAUGCACUGAGCAUCACAGAAUGGGGGUAUUCUAACGAAUCUGACAGGGGAUUUCUCUUCAAUCCAGUGGCAUUCUCCUUUAAAAUUAAAGCUAGGAAUACAUACAGUAGACUGUAUAAGGAUCCCAGUGUUGACUAGUUUUACUACAUCAUAUCUCAAAUGAAGGAUCAUCUGGUGGACAUUGUAUUAUGGCAGAAUGAACCUUUCAGAAGCUUCACCAGAUUAUUUACAUUUUAGGUUUAGCCAAGAACUUUUAUCCAAAGUGACUUUAAGCGAAUGAGCAUGCAGUGGGGUUUGGAGUUAGGACAUGUGACUGCUGAUGAACACAACCCAUGACCUCUUAGUUAUGGGACACUUGUCUUCACUACCAGGCCAGCCUCGGCCGAUGUUGGUCGACUUAAAAAACAAAACAAAAAAACAUCCUGUCACAAUGGCAGGAAACAGAAGUUCAGUCGGUCAUUGAUCAUAAAUUAACCCUUUGUCCCACACACAAGCAAUCCCCACAGAUCUGCCAAGCAUAAAGCUGCACACACAGACACACGUCCACUCAAUGGUGCAGAUAUACAGAACUGGUUAAGCCAUUGCACACAGUUUGCUACUCCUGGUUGAGAAAUGGUGUUUGAGUACAGUACUGACAGUCAUACGAUCACAGUUGCAGGCCCCAUUCUUACAUUUUAAUAAAUGUGCCUUUUGAUUUGAGUAAUCAAUAACUUAUUAUUUAUAAGUAACUCUGUAUUUAGUACUAUUUACUUUUUGGUUAUUGGUUUCUGCCAAUGUGCAUAUUUUCAAUGUAUUUAUUAGUUUCAAAGUAAUUGAGAUAUUACCUGUUUAUUUAUUUAUUGAGAUAUUUAUUCUGAUUCUUUAUUUUUUUGAGACAGGUUUUUAUCUUCCGUGCUGUCUUACUUCUGACUUUGUGCCAAUGUGCUGCUUUGAGGUGUUACAUAUCGUGGGUUUGUAUCAUUAUUAAACCCUCACUCUAUAUUUUAAAUCUGUGUCAUCCUCUGUCUCAUGUGUAUAUCAUUAACUUACUGUUUUUUUACCAAACACUGUAUGAAAGCCGCGUCAUGAAACUGUUCCACAAAGCUCUGUAAGGAAUUUGAUAAACAAAGGUUUAUGCUAUUUUCAUUCUCUGAAUAGCACCAUAAUAUAUUUACAUUUUGGAACAAAUAUCUUGGGUAGUUUUUACAAAUGUGGAUAUUUCCUAUUACUACAUAUAUACAUC